UAAGGCUAUAUUUCCCCGAAAACAAUGAAAUAUACUCAACUACAUGAAAUGUACCAAAAUGCAAUGGACACUGACUCUCACAAUAAGGAAUCAAAACAAAACCCUCAAGUCUCCUUAUUCUCUUUUUCAAAAUUAUUUUUUGGAUGAGAGAGUAGAUGUUUCUUUCCAAGGAGGUUUAACAUAAUGAAGAAUUGGCCAAGGAUCCAAAAAUCUGAACGGGUAAGCAGCACAGCCUAACUAAAGAGAAAAAAAGUAACUUCCGGCCAUCGCUAUGGAGCAAAUUUUCGACCACUUCUGGCCACCAAGGCUGCCGGACACUGGUACAAUCGAAAGCACUUAACCUCCUCUUCAAUUCCCACCACUCAUUUUCCCAUAAAACCAUUAGAUUCAGCCAGAAUUGCUCAACACAGUUCGCAGCAUAAAACUGCCGAAACCACCACUUCUGGUCGGCACCUUAAUCGAAACCCAAUACAGGUUGAUUGCCCACUCAAUGCCUACUCCAAGAAUGGUUCUAAUAGAGCCCAAACAACCCAUCAACAACUGAAAUAAAUUCCAGAACAGCAGCAACUCGCGAUCUCGCAGGCAGCGAACCAUGGUCGAAAAUGGCUAAUCUCGGUGCCGUCCGGUCAACCCAGGCUGGAGGAUCACAUGGGCUAGCUUGCUCUCCACCUGGCACAUCCUGUACAACCAUGGUUCAAGCCCAAUUUCCUCCAGAAAUCAGUGAAUUAGUGGGUGCAAUUAGAGCCGUAUGCGAGAAUUUCGGGACUAAGGAUUUUGAUGGUUCUAUGUUGCUGCAAAUUAUCAAUUCGACCAUCAAAUCUUCAAUUACUGAUGGAAAAGCCAUGGGUAAUCAUCCAAUUGUGCCAAUUAACACUUCAAACCUGGAAUUGAUUUCAAACCAAGCCCAUGUGCGCGAUGAGGAAUCUUCAGAUCUAAUUGAGCCUUCUGCUAUUGUUCUUGCUCCUAAUUCGACCAAUACAACUGUAAUUGAGGGUCAUAUGAGAAUAGGUAACAAUCCAAUUGAUAGAAAUGAAGAACAACUGACCCCAAAUUUCAAUCCUCAAGUCACGGCGAUGGAGCCCCCUUCGAAUCCAAAUUCUGAUAAUUUGGUUGUCACCCAUGGCAAGGCACCACCACCAUUGAAUUCUACUACUUAUAAUGCACCUUCGGAACACUUGUCGCCGGUCAAUAGCUUGGCUAAUCUCAUAGCCAAUUUUGAACUACCUCCACGGCUCAAGCUCAAAACAGACUUUGCAGCCUCAUCUCAUACAAACGCACCACAGAAUCAACCUCAUGAGGGCCAAAUUACUGGGCAGGCCUGGUACACCUCCGACCAUCGGCUCAUGUGCCAUCUCACGCACUAUCAGACCGCCUACACGUGGCCCUCAUGCUCAGCCUACCUCGGGCAAUUUGACAGCCGCGGUCUCAUCUAGAUUACAUUCAACCUCUUCGGGUGCUCAAGGUACUACUCAAGGCCCACGUUCUUAUGCUGUAGUUCUCAAUAACAGACAUACUAUUUCUCAGGCUGAAAAGAGUAAGAGGAAAUCAUUUGCUAUUAUACUUCAUGCUCCCCAGAAAUGCAGAGAUCACAAUUUGGUUUCUAAAGAACCAAACAUCCAUCACGGAAAAACCUGCUUUUUUUUUUUUUUUUACGAAUCAGAAGAGCAGUUUCUAGCUGAGGCCUACGGAUUUACACUUGCAGGUAUACACAUUAUUAUCCAUAUGAUGCACGAGAAUGACUAUUCACGGUUAAUCCUCAAACCCACUUGGAAUAUUGAUGGUUGUCCUAUGAGAAUUAUAAAGUGGACUCUCAGUUUCAGCCCACAGUAAGAAGUUCCUAUUACUCCUAUCUAGGUCUCAAUUCCUUUACUUCCUAUUCAUUUUUGAGCUAAGAGUGCACUGUUUGCCAUAGCUAAGGCUAUUGCGCUUCCGCUUCGUAUUGACAAAGCUACUUCUGAUCUUCGGCGACCUAGUCAACCGAGGGUAUGUAUUGAGGUUGAUUUAGAAUGCAAACUCCCAAAUAGAGUGUGGAUAGAGAGGGAGAAGAGGGGAGGAUAUUGGCAGCCGGUAAUUUAUGAAAAAGUUCCAGAUUUCUGCUUUCGAUGUAGACACUUUGGUCACUUGGACGAGAAUUGCUCUCAAGGUUCACAUCCUGCAUCGCCUCCUACUGUUUAGAUUGUUGUUGAUCCUACUACUAGGCCUACUUCGACCAAGGAUAAGGGCAAGGAGAAGGAGAAUGUGAUUGAGACCCGACAGAGAUGAGCACCAGUUAAGAGAAAUCAGAAGCGACAGUAGAGUACGGCAGGGGUGCUUACUCAAUCUGCUAGUCAUCCUUCUAUACGGAGUGUUCAUUUUAUUGCCCCCAGUAUAUCUAUCACUACAGCUACUUCAUUUUAUUGGCCUCUUGUAUGGUAAAAGACAAAGAUACCCUUAAAUGUUUUGUACAAUUACAAAA